GCUAUAACGAACAGGGGGAUCUCUUGCACUGAUGGUUCCUGUAAGUCAGCAAGGCGGAGAGAGGUGGGAUGUUUACUGGUAAGACUGUGGGAGCGAUAUUGAGUUAUCUGCGCUCCAAACACUGUUUAUAUCGUCUUGGACGUUACAGAAAACCUCGAGGAACUCAGGGUGUUUUUAGAAUCUGUGUCAGUGUCUGGAUUAAGCCUGCCUCCGAAGAGCAUGUCGAAGGACAAGGGACCUGCGCUUGUGUUAAUGGCCGUGGAUAACAGUACCCACUCCGAAUACGCAUUUAAUUGGUAUGUUCAACACUUCCACAGGUCCGGGAACAGAUUACUGUUGGUGCACUGCCCGGAGACAUUCGCUAAUGUCACCAUGAUGAGUCCCAGCAAGGUGCAGGAGCUCAUCACUCAGUGCGAGGAGAAGAUGCAAAGUCUGGAGAAGAAAUACACGGACAAGAUGAACGAACAAGGCAUCAAGGGCGACUUUGCUCGCCUUGACGGCGAGAAGCCAGGUCCGUCCAUUGUAGAAUGUGCAGCGUCUCGCAAUGUCACCUUCAUCGUCACCGGAACUCGCGGACUCGGCAAGUUCCGACGUGCCUUGAUGGGCAGCGUUAGUGAUUACGUCAUACACCACUCUCCAGUCCCCGUACUGGUAUGCAGGCACAAAGAUAAAGAUUAACUUAGGCACCAGCGAGUAGGACUCUUCUAACGUUCACGGUGACCAUAGCAUUGAUGAGGCUAGUAGAUGCGAUGGAUGGACACUGUCCAUGCAAAGUGAUUUAUGGAAUUACGUUCAUGUCGUUUAGGUGUUUAUAUAUCAUUUGUAUAUAAGUGUUUGAGAAGGUAUAGAUGGUAUUCAAUGCCACUCACAGGUACAAUCGUUGAGCUGAACUUGGUCACCGUUGUCAGGGUAGUACAUUUAUAAAAUGUAUAUUCGGAUUUAUUUGUAGAUGCCAUUCCAAAUUGUUAAAAUGACAGCUUUUGUUCUCUAAAUGGCAAAUUCCCUUAAUAUUUACAGUAAAUACGACACAUAAGAAUAAACAAGCCUAUCAGCUUAUAUUGGUCAAUAUUGUAUUGUAACCUUGUGCACAUGCGUGACGAACAUAUAUCGCCAGGAUGCAGAAAUAAAUAAGAUAUCACUGA